GCCCCCGUCUACUCAGGGGUGGUGCUUAGCCGGCGCCAGACCGACCCUCGGCUUCGGAGAGGCAGUGCUGUCCCUCUUGGCGCUCCCUCGGCGGUUUCGGCUCCCUCAGCUUCCUCAGGGAGUGCAGACCCUGGUUUAUGCCCCAGUUCUGACCCCGCUAGAGACAUGUCGACCCCGGCCCGGCGGCGCCUCAUGAGGGACUUCAAGAGGUUACAAGAGGACCCUCCGGCAGGAGUGAGCGGGGCUCCAUCAGAGAACAACAUAAUGGUUUGGAACGCGGUCAUUUUUGGGCCCGAAGGGACCCCAUUUGAGGAUGGAACAUUUAAACUUACAAUUGAAUUUACUGAAGAAUAUCCGAAUAAGCCACCUACUGUUAGAUUUGUCUCUAAGAUGUUUCAUCCUAAUGUCUACGCAGAUGGUAGUAUAUGUCUGGAUAUACUUCAGAACCGUUGGAGUCCAACUUAUGAUGUGUCUUCCAUUUUAACAUCCAUACAGUCUCUAUUGGAUGAACCUAAUCCCAAUAGUCCAGCCAACAGCCAGGCUGCCCAGCUGUACCAGGAGAACAAGCGGGAAUAUGAAAAGCGUGUUUCUGCAAUAGUAGAACAAAGCUGGCGUGAUUGUUGACUCAGGGUAGAACAAACGAAGAGGCUGGCCAUAAGAAAAAUGUAUAUUGAUGAAUUCAUCUGCUUCCUAUUCCUAAUUCAUUACAUUUACUUUAUUAAAAACAAAAUAGCUGUUGUGCUGUUUCUGUCUUCCCUUGCCAAGUUUUUCUUCCCCUUUCUGUCCUCCUUUGGAGCAUCAGAGAUUCCAUUUGAAGUCCAAUGUACUGUACCUGGGUUACUUGCAAACAUUACUACUGCAUAUGUCCCUUUGUUGUAUCUCAUUUCCAUCCUCCAGCCUCUAAGCAGUUAUCAGGUUACUGUACUUUUUAUACUAAGCUUUUAAGAGAAACUGUUGUGUAUACCCGUGACCAGGAUGUUAUUUGUAACUAAAUGAUUGCUGCUGUGUUUCAUCCUGGCCAGUUUUUCCUUGUGUUCAAUUUGGCAAAGAAUGUAUUUAGGAUAUGACCUAAAGAAAACAGGAAUGCAUCCAUGUAAACAUCUUAAAGGGGAAGGAAAACGGAAAGAUUCUAUACUCAUUGUAAAGCAAUAUGAAUUACAAGAUGGCACUUAUUGGUAGCAAGGACUAAAGGACCUAGCUAACAAAUGGAAGCAACUUUAAUAACUGACAUAGUCCACUUUUUGUAAGAUAAUCAUUAUGCAAAUGCAUUAUGUUUCAGAAUCCGGGCCUUUGGAGCUUUGUGCUUUUUAAAGAGGUGUGAAAACAGGACUAGAAGCUAUUGUUUUUAAGUUAGGAACCAGAAGAUCCUCAAAUCUUUUUAAAGGAACAGUAUUGCCCUAAAUAAACUUUUCUUUUUAUGACU